AUGGCAGAAAAAGACUCAAGAUUAAAGAAGUUUCUAAUCAGGUUGAAAGUAAAGCAUCAUAAGCCAAAUUCUCAUGACUUAGUAUGUCUUUCUGACAGCACAACUAAGAGCACUAUUUUAUCUAGAGAUUUCACCUCUCGAAAGAAAUGCUCUUUUAAUAAAUUUGAAGAUGUAUUAAGACGGAAUGAAGAGACUUUGGGGAGGAUACAUAAUGGGACACCUCAAGCAGAAAAACCAACGAGAAAGAAAAGAGAAAUGUUCUUUACUUCUAAAAGAAGAGCUAAGCUCAGUUCUGAUCAGCUUACGAUACCAGCUUUGAUGUCUUCUAACUCGACACAUGAGCCAAAGCAAUUGAAUAAUUCAUUAAUGCCAAAGAAUAGCAAGGGGAUCCCAAUGCUAUCUAAUUUUUCAGAAUUAUUUAAUAUGAAACGUAUUAAGGUUGAAGAAAAGAGGCAACCAAGAGUAGCCCUGAGGAGCUCUUUGAACACUAGAUUUGAUGAUUUAAUUCCUCCUAAAAUACCUUGAAAGAAUCCUCACAAAGCUCUUGACUAUGCGAGGGAGGUUCUGGAGGAAUGAAAGACAAUUAAGACUAAUCCAAACAAGUUUAUUUCAAAGGAAUCUGAUAGCUCAGCUAGGCCAAAUAUUCUGGACUUUACGAAGAAAAUAAAGAUUUUGCGAAGGAAAAAGUGCCUCGAAGGGGCACUUUCUGUUUCGAAACAUCGAUUUAAGCUCAUGAAUAAGAAAGCAAGUGAGAACGAGUCCAAGCCAGAAUUCAGCCUUCCCAACCUCUAACCUAUAUUCCUUAAUUUCAACUUCUAAGCCAAUAA